UUGGCACAAGCGAUGUUCAAAAAGAUGUCCGCAACACGUGGCUUCAUCAUCGAGCCAAAGGAGUGGAAGGUUAAAGGCCCGUGUCCGCCAAGUCGGCGCAAUCGUCUUGGCGAUCAUUCUCUAUUCGGAUCAAACGAACCUGUCUAACAACGGAAGACAAUCGGCACAUCCCUUCGUCCUUUCUUUCGGCAACACCCCGGAAUGGGCGCGUUGGUUGGAUGGCGGGACCGAGCUGUUGGGGCUCUUCCCUAACAUCCCCUCCGAUUUGAGCCCGGAAGAGAAGAUAAGAGUGUUCCAACUGGCGGCGGAAUACAUGCUACGGCCUCUGAAAAGUCUCUCCAAGCUCCACGGCGGGGGCUUGAAGGUGGAGGACAGCAACGGGGUCGAAUAUUUGGCCAUACCGCUACUCUACCCGUUCGUGAACGACCAUCCCGAGUCAAACAAGGUCUCGUGCACCAUGUCGUGUAGCUCCUUCCGACCAUGCUCCCUCUGCAUGGUCACGAGGGACAAUCUUCGGGACGUGGAUGACGAGAUCGUUUCGCGGACCGUGCGAGAUCAACAGGCCGUCUACAAGAAGAUGGAGGAGGCGGAAACAAAGGAGUUGACCCGACUGAAAAGGAAAUAUUCCACCCACUUCGUUAAGUCAUUGCUUUGGGAUUGGGAGUUCUGUAAAACCAAGCUGGGCAACACAUACCUCGCCCAAACCCCGGACAUCAUGCACAUCAUCGAGCAAGGGCUCUGGCUCCAUGCAAUGAGACACUACAAGAUGAUCAAGGCAGUAACUCCUGCAUCCUUGCUGAGGCUCCCAUCUGCAUGGGCAUACUUCACCACGACGGCCUGCUUCUCGGCGUCAGAGCACCGUGCCAUGAUGCAAGUGCUGCCCCUCAUCAUCGACCUCCCCAAGCGCGCCGACAUUCGACAUGCCAUAGUGCUCAUGUCGGACUGGUACAAGGAGUUCAUCCGGGCCGAGUAUCACACCGAUGAAUCGCUCGAUCGCAUGGAGGAGGUCUCCUGCGA